AUGGCACAAGAGAGUGCCGCGAAGUCACGGGAUGGUGCGCCCAGCUGGGAUGGUGCCGCGGAUAGCUUUCAGAGUUAUUGCGAAGCCGCAUUACUCUAUGAGCAAACAACUCCGUACCACAAGCGUUACCUCGUCGGCCCUAAGCUUCAGAGUGAACUUCAGGGAGCUGCACGAAGAUUGAUUGUGGGCCAGGCACCAGACUGGAUCUCCUAUAACGGAGGUGUGCAGGUCUUGUUAGACCAUCUUCGUCGCUGCUUGGGAAAACCUCAAGUUCCCGAGUUGACGGAGUUGCUGAGCCGCUACUUCAAGAACUCUCGCAGGAAGCCGGGGGAAUGCAUGGGUGACUACAUUACCAGGAAAUGUGAGCUCUACGUUCGAGCGCAACAGUCCAUGCACAGGCUUCGACCGCAUCAUGAUUCAGUUCCUGUUCCUACCGGUGAUCCUUGGGAUUCAUGGGGUCGUUCGGGGCGAAGAUUGAGCCAGGACUCUAACAUGACCUCGGACUGGGGAACAGAAGCUGAGGACAAUCAGAGUGCGCAAGCGAGUGAGGCAACCACACCAGCCGCCCCGACAGGGGCGGCGGCGGCAGAUCAGAAUCAGCCCGGCAACGCAGAACCAGAGUGGCAGUGGGGUGGCUGGCACUCUGGCUGGCAGUCUCGGAAUUGGGGAUGGCAGGGUUCCUACACCAGGAGUUGGGAUUGGCAUUCAAGUGCCUAUCAAACCCCUAAAACUGGCGUCCUGCCUCAGCUCGUUCCGGAGUUCGUUCAAGCAUGGAUGUUGCUUCAGGAUGCAGGGCUAGAUCCUCAGGAAAAGAACACGGUGAUGAUCGCCACGCAGGGCCAGAUGACCUUGCAAAGAGUGGCGCAGGAGCUGAGGAAUCAGUUCAGCGAUAUCGAUCUCAAGAAGCGUGAUGGCACGAAGCGCCACCAAGGCUUCAUGGGCGAUCAUUACGGUGACGGAGAUUCUGAGGACGAGGCCGCUCCUGAAGCUUCCUUCAUCGCAGAGGACGAGUUGAACACCGAAGGUUUGGCAUUGUGGGCAGAGGCUGAAGAGGAAGUCCAAGGUGCUCUCGCGGUGCUUCAUCAAGCAAGGCGCACUCUUCGAGGUGCGCGUGAUCGUCAACGUCAGGUGAAGCAGAGUCGGCAGUACUUUAGGUCCGGACCUCCCGCGAAUAAGGCCUCAAACAGUGGAACCGAGAAGAUUUCAUGCUUGAAGUGUGGAAGUGUGGGGCAUCGCACUUAUCAGUGUACAGCUCCAGCCAAGCCUAAAGAGAAUCGAACCGAGAUGGCCCCCUUCAUUUGCUUUGCGGAUGAAGGAUGUUCAGAGCUCGCCCUACAUGCCCAGCAGAAGAUGUCGCCUCGGCCCAUCACAACUUCCGAAGCCGUAAUGAUGGGAAAGGGAGUGGUAGAUUGUGGGGCGACAAAAUCCUUGGGUUCUGUGCUAGCUCUGGAACGCAUCAUGGCCUUGAGUAAGAAUGGGGUGAGUGAAGUGGAUGUGGACAAUCGGCCUACGUUCGGAUUUGGCAAUAGUACGGAGGACCAAUGUGUAUCCACACUGAAUCUUCGGUUGAGCGCCGGAGGUCGUCCAGGCCUUCUUCGCAUCCACGCCCUAGAUCGGGGCACAGCCCCAGUGCUUGUGAGCGUCGAUGCUCUACGAUCUCUUAAGGCCAUCAUUGACUUCUCGGACGAUAGCAUUGUUCUUCGGGGUAUUGAUGCAACCAAGGUGAUGGUGCUAGAGCGCUCUUCCACAGGUCACCUGUUGCUGCCGCUUACCGGAGACAUCCUGGAAGGAGCAGUGUCCACUCACCGCCCCGUACCAGGCCUACGCGAGUAUGUUCAACAGCUUGAUGGCCAUCUCCCUAGUGGUGACGUGUCCGGUUCUGUGAAGGAGUUGGUGCUUGAGGCAUCCACCGGACACGGUGAUUUUGAGGCUUGUCCCGAGUAG